GUUUACUGUCCUUCUUACCCAGUGAAGCUGAAACUGAAAGUGAAUCAAGUCGCCCGUUUUAAAAAUGACCUUGAAUUAGAUGGAUAGCUAUAUCCAAGCCGAUCGACGUCUUCAGUCUUCAGAUGAUCGCGAGGACGCGAUUAGCAGUACAGAUGACGGGUCCCAGCCAAUAUCUCAAAGCGUCCAAGACUUGGCAAAUGACAUAUAUAAGGAGUUCGAGUCCUUGAUCAAAUUAUAUGGGAAUGGCUUUCUUCAUAAUUUGAUGCCGUUGGUCAUCCGUGCACUAGAGAACCUCGAUAGCUUGCAUUCCGAGAACUCUGACCUCCAUCUAAAGUCACUUGUGUUAAGCGAUGACCAUAGACUACUUUCGGGUGAAUAUGAAAAAGAGAAGAAACUAAGGAAGGCUGCUGAAAAUAGGUUAUUCCGCUUGGAAGAUGAUCUGGAAGAGGAACGUAGACAGCACGAAGAAAAAACUGUGUCGUAUGAUGCUAAUGUCCGUAUACUUGAAAACAGAGUAAAAAGCCUGAAUGAACAAAUUUCGAAGUUUGAAGAACAAGAGGCGGAAAUGAAAGGAGAGUAUCAACGUCUACAUGAUUUGUACACCAAUCUUUUGCGUGUGUACCUUGAAUAUGUAGAACGUGUUAGGUCAAUGUUUAUCAAAAACAAAUUAGACAGUCAUUGUCUUCCUGACUGUCCUUAUCCCGGUAAUAAUGCUUGCUUUGAAGUUGGAUUAGCUACUCAAACAUCUGACCACAAUACAGGGGUUGACCAGUUGAACCGACUGGGCAAUAUGCUGAAUUCAGAAACUUUAGAGACAGAACGACAGAGAAUUAUGAGGAUUAUCAUGGAAACAACACCUGAGCUUUAUAGUGGCGGGAGAAUUUUCAAUAAUCCAUCGCUUUCAGAACCAUGUUUCGAUGAAUUGUCUCAAGGUGAUUUACCGGAAGACGAUGGGCACGAUAUAAAGAGUCAUGAUGGCUCAUGUACUACUCCACAACCACAAUCUAGUGAGCCGUUAGGCAGCGAGUUUGCUGAACCUGUUGAACUGGAGGUAGAUGGUGACCUUACCGAUUAUGCUGGUGUGCGGAGAGAAAUACAGAACUUAAUAAAAGAGAAUCAAGAAUUAGUCCAAACAAAAAAUGCACUUAAAAUAGUUACAAAUGACCUAAUCGGACGGAUUGAUGAACUUUCAUGCCAAAAUUUUCAGUUCUCAUCUGAACUGAACGCUUUGAUUACAAAUCGUGCAAGUAUGCUAUUACGUAUAAAAGAUUUAGAACAAGAAAAUGGUCAAUUACGUCGAGAAUUUGAAAAUUCUGAUUUGUAUGGAAGUUUACCUGGUGAUGAAAUAUCUGAGAGUGAACAUCUUCCAUUAUCUAUGCGUUUUCGAUUUUCACGUGUAGAAAUGGCACGUGUUUUGCUAGAAAGAAAUCAAUAUAAAGAACAAUUAUUAGAAUUACAAGAAGCUGUUCAUUUAACGCAUAAUUUAAAAGUUCAACAAACAUCAAAAAUGGCAAAUACCAUUCAUGGUACUAAACGUGGACGUAUUAGAGCCUUUUUUGCUAAACUAUUUAACUCACAACAAUCAUCUAGUAAAUCAUUUAAUCUAUCAACAUCUAUGAACACUUCUCAAUCAACAAUACAAUCUAUGCAUAAUUCAAUAUCCAGAUUAAGUACACCAAAUGAAUUUACAAUAUCUUCAUCACUAUCACAGAUAAAUGAAACAAAUAAUCCAAAUACAUCUAUGUCAAUUCAAAAGACUACAAGUGAUAGUGAUCUAAAUCAACAUUUAACAAAUUGGAACAUUUCGAUGAAACAAACAUGUAUUAGGGAUUUAAAUGAUUCUACUGAGUCAUCUCAAAGGAGGCAUCAACGAUGUACCUCUCCUAUCCAGUGGUACUCGCACAGAAAUGAACAUACGUUGGACCGAAGAAAUUUAAAAGUUGCCUACGUUUAUCCAUUAAAUGAUUAUCCUAGCAGUGUAGAGCUACGUUGCGCAGCAGUCACAUAUCCAUAUCACUCUACGUCUCACUCAUCUGUUUCAUCACCUACCAUGAACAAUUUACUUUUCACUGCUUACUUCAGAAAUCAGUUAGAAUCCUCUAAAGAUGACGAUUAUGUCAAUACUACCGUAUUGUCUACAUACAGUAAUUCAGAUCAAUUAGAACAUCCUAAAUCACACGAACAACAACAGUCAAAAGUGGGAAUUUUCAAAAAAUCGAUGUAUAAUCAUUCUAUUGGUAAUUUAUCCAGUGAUCAUGAUUCUUUUGAUUAUUCAGCGCUAAUCGACGAUCAAUUUUCAGAUGUUCAAUCAAAUAUUAUCUGGUUAAGUUCUUUCUCUUUGAAACAUGACUUAACAGCAAUAAAAGCUCCGUCUUCUUCUUCAUCAACAUCAUCAUCGUCAUCUACAGCGUUCACCAGUUCAGAUUAUUCUGGGAGAAUAAAAAGUUUAAUCACUAUUGUACAUGUAGAUUAUAAAUCAUGUCAAUCGGUUGAUUCAUUUGCUAUCUGUAGUUCGACAGUUUUAUGCAUAUGCAGUGUCCCAGAAGCAUCAAUCGAAGAUUUAACCUGCUUGGAAAAUACAGACCAUUAUUGGAAAAUGUUGCCAAUGGAUUCAUUUUCUGGUGAUUUAGAAACUGGUCAGUCUUUGACUGCGGAUAUGUUAGAAACGAAAACAAAAAAAUACGAUGUGAAUGCCCCUUGUUCAUUAAAUGAAUGUACAGAAUUUAAAUUCCUUGAUUGUGACGAUACUAACAACAACACUCCACAGAAAAUAAAUAAAAUUGUUCAAGAAAGUAAAUAUCAUAGAACGUCAACACCAACAUCAUCAUCGUCAUCACAUUUUUCAUCUAUUAAACAAGCGAUUGAUCAUUUAUCAUCUACACGACGAUUGGUUAAUGCACUUGGAAUUAUUGGUUCAGUGAAUGAUGUUGAUGAAGUGACGAUGUCUUAUGUAGCGACAAGAAGACGUUUUCUUAUACAUCAUGUAGAUUGUGACUCCUGUAUUAGUAAUAACGGUGAUUGUGCUGUUCAACCUUCCAAUGAAAUGUUUAGUAGUCAUUCGUCUACUAUUAAUGACGAUUUGGUGACACAAUAUCCUUGUUCAUCAUCUACACAGCAUAGUCACUAUCAAUAUUCUUCUAGGAAAUGUUAUUCCAGAUGUUCUGCAUCACCUACAAGCGCUCAACCAACUGUUUGGUUAGGUUGUCAAAAUGGUGAUUUAUAUGUUCAUUCAUCUGUAUCUGAUUGGCGUAAAUGUUUACAUGCAAUACGUUUACCUGAUUCGGUAACACAAAUCUGUCAUCUUGCCGGACGAGUAUUUGUCAGCUUAGCGAAUGGUCAAAUAGUCGUUUUUCGGCGUCAUCGUUUUCAUCGAACUAAUAAUGGUAAUUCAUGUCUAGGUCAUUCAUUGUCUAGUCUGUCAAUUAAGCAAGCACCAAUUGUCAGUUCAACAUCUAUGUCAUCGUCAUUAUCUAAUUUACCGGAUAAUCAUAUUACAUCUACUGACCAAUGCAUUACUCUUCACAAUUCUAAUCUGAAUUCAUCUAAUGAUAAUAAUAAUAAUAAUAAUACAAUAUUGGGAUCAUGGGAUUUUACUGAAGCAUGUGUCAUUACGUGUGGACGGCCUCAAUGUUCUGUUAGUUGUACAAUAACUGUACCAUCAACAAAUUCUUUAUGGGCUGCUUAUCGUAAUCGUAUCUUAGUUAUUAAUGCAUUUACGCUUCAAUUAGUUGACUGUUUUAAAGUUCAUGCAAUUCAAGAUGCACAAAUACAAACAAUGUCUUGGUACAAAGAUGGUGUAUGGAUCUCAAUAAGACGUGAAUCUAUCUUACGUUUGUAUCAUGUUAUUAGUCAUGAAUUAAUACAAACGUUAGAUUUAAAUCAAGUGAUUAUGAAUUUAUUAUCUAACAUAAAUUCAUCAGAUUGUGGAAAUAUUUCAAAACUUAAACCAUCUAGUUUAGCUAUUACUACUUUAAAGUCGAUGAAUGACCGUCUAUGGAUUGGAACUAGUGCUGGGCUCAUCAUUACAAUCCAGUUUCAAGACUCUUUAUUUAACAGAACAUUUCAACAAACAUCAUGUGAGCGUCAAAAAGACUCCGCGAAUUUAUCAAAACGUAUUUGUAAAGCCAUCUUAGAUUGCUCGUCUGCACAGAUCAGUACACAUCAGCAUACAGCACCAGUGAGAUUUUUUGUCACACCAACUGUUAUACAACAGAAUGAAGAUAAUGUGAAUAGUCAAUGCGCUUCCACUUGUCAGACUACUGGUUCAAUGAAUAAACCUAAAAGGAGAGUCGAAAAACCAAGUUUUUUUAUGGUUACCGGUGGUGAAGGUCACUUGAUCAAUUCGCAUAAGGAUAGUGCUUCGACGAAUACGUUACACCAAUCAGAUAAUCGCAGUUCAAAUUGUAGUCAUUUGAUCACAUGGCAGUUGUAAUUGAUCAUCAUAAUAAUUAAAACAGCUUUUCUUGUGAUUUAUCAAUGUACAAAAUUUCAGUCAUAUUCUAUCCAUCUAUAUAUAUAUAUA